AUGUUUGUCGAUAAUCAAGGGCGUGCGUAUGGUCUCGGCCCGAGACUCUCGGGGAGGUGCACGUUUGUGAGCAUUCUUCGGAUCCAUUUCGUGUAG